AUGCCGGGCAAGAUCGAAAGUGUUCCCUUUCUUUCUCAACUUGAAGAUGUUGAUAAAUACCUUUUGGAGUAUAGAAGCCUAAAAUUGACUUCUCCUAACCCAAGCAGUUUUAACCAGCACCAUCAGAUCCAUGGGCAGAUGAGGUACAGUCACAGUAAUGGUAGUGGAACUUUUGAUAAUGACGGCGGCGAUAAGUCGGGAAUCAAUGGUAAGCAGUUGCCUAUGGGUAACGUUAUGUUUAAUGGUAAAAGUUCUAAUUCAAUGAGUGUUCCAAUCAAUGGGGCCAUGGGCAUGAAUAGAAAAAAGGCGAUGAAUACGAGCAAUCAGAGCUACAGGUAUAACAAUAACGCUGCUAUGAAAUAUGGCGCUCAAUACCAACUAAAGCAGCACCAGCAACCAGCCUUUGCGGCUAAUUCCAUGAUAACAAAUCAUCUGAAACAGGUUUAUCCACAAAUGAGUUACAAUACCAAUGGAAGUGGCAGCAACCUCGCUCUGGACCAAUUGAGUUCUUCUUUCAUGGUACCAAAUCAAAACAAAUCCUCACAACAGCAGCAGCAGCAGCAGCAAGGUUAUCCUUCUAGUAAUUCUUCGCCAUCGCCAGCUCCUCCACUAGCCGAUGCGGCUCUAAGUGGGAACUCAUCAAUCUCAUCCUUUAGCAGUAACAUCGGUUAUGUUUUGCCUACGGCUUCCGGAAGUUCCAACUCUCAGUUCGCUGCACAAGCUCCAUUCUCAAACUACUUGGAUGCCAGUUUGAUCUCUUCAGCAUCGAUAGCACCUGGUAUCUCUCCCACUACCAAUAUAUCUGCCCCAACUGGCACAGAUAUGGUGGGUGGAUACCCUUCGAACCCUUUGGCUAACGAGGCUGCUAAUACUGGUGCCCCUGCUUUCAAUUUUGAGCAAGGUAUAUCAACGCCAGCUCUCAUGUCGGAAGCAAUUUCAGUUGAUCAAGCAACGCCUUUGACGAGAGAGAAUACUUUGGCUAGUUUUGAUGGUUCUAGUGGAAGCAUGAAUAAUUCUGGAAGUAAUUUGCUCAUGAACGAUUAUUCAGUGGGUUGGGGUUCCAAUCAUGCAAAUUCAUCAUCCAGUGCUGGUGGAUCAUUUGGUAUCUGGAAUAAUGACAUGAGCGUUUGGAGUUAA